GGGUUAUCCGCUUUCGGGCUAGACAUGCCCACGAUUCGUUCGUUCAUCUCGAGACCGGGAUCGGAGUUCGCGUGUUGCUUCCUCUCACCUCUUCCGCUCUCCUGACGGCGCCGUCACCCCCUUCCUCCUCCCUCUCCACGGCCACCACUUCCGACGGAAUCCUAACUUUUCCCGUCGCUGGAUUUCGUUCCGCUUCUGUUCAGCCAUCUCUGCCUCCCUACAAGCGUUUCUGGCUAUUUGAUAAAAGAAACCCUAACUCCAAAGCUAAUCCGGGGAGGGAGGAGGGUAUCCGGUGCAACAGGACGUGCAGAGAGCCUAUUUCGAUUGAGUUAUGAGCUGUUAACGGAUUAAACAAGGACAAGGUACAAGAAUUUUUUUGCAAGGGUAGGCAGCUACAGGCUGAUUCAAGUUUUCAUCCAGGUUGUCGCUAAUUUGUGCGGUGAGAAAUUUCUGUGAAGUAUUGUUGGAUAAUGGAGAUACAAACGUCUGGAAAGCCUAUUGAUACUUUAGUAGAGAAGGUUCUUUCCAUGAACAUUCUAUCAUCUGAUUAUUUCAAAGAACUUUAUAGACUGAAGACUUACCAUGAAGUUAUAGAUGAGAUCUACAACCAAGUUGAUCAUGUGGAACCAUGGAUGACUGGAAAUUGCAGAGGACCUUCCACAGCAUUUUGUCUGCUUUACAAAUUUUUCACAAUGAAAUUGACGGUCAAGCAGAUGCAUGGACUGUUGAAGCAUCCUGAUUCUCCUUACAUUAGAGCGGUUGGCUUCCUCUAUCUUCGUUAUGUUGCAGAACCAAAGACACUGUGGACAUGGUUUGAGCCAUAUGUUAAGGAUGAUGAGGAAUUCUCUCCUGGUUCCAAUGGUCGACUUACAACAAUGGGGGUAUAUGUGCGUGAUCUUCUUCUUGGGCAGUACUACUUCGAUACACUCUUUCCAAGGAUCCCUGUCCCUGUUGUUCGCCAAAUUGUUGCUAAUCUGGAGAAACUGAAGCUCCCUGCCAAGCAUGCUGGUGUAACUGGAGAAUCUAGUCGUCAGGGAUCUGAUGAUGUUGCUCGCCGUCCACCUUCUGUAAAGGCUGCGUUAUCAGUUUCUUUUGGUCAGCGUGCUCCACACCGUGCAUCUACCAGAGAUUCAUCUCCAGUCAGGAGGACUGUAGGUUCUGCACCUGAACGAGGUGAGAGUGAUGAACAUCGGAGGUCAUCUCCGCACAUUCGCAGGAGUAGCAGCCGUGAACGACAUGAUCGAGAUCGUUCGGACCAUGAACAACGUGAUCGUGAGCGAGAACGCUCUAACCGUAAUCGCAGUCAUGAGCGUCGUGAUGUAGAACGGUCAGGGCAUGAUCGAGAUAGGGACCGUGACCGGAGUCAUGAGCGUGGCGAUCGUGAUAGAGAAUCACAUAAAUAUAGACACUUAGGGAGAGACCAUGGGAGGGAUCAUGACAGGAGUGGAAGAGACCAUGAUGGCUAUAGACACUCUAAUUCUCGCCGAAGCAGGAGUAGGAGCCGGAGCCGGAGCAGAAGCCGAAGUCAUAGUAUUAUUUAUGGCACAGAUUCUGACCAUCAAUCUAAACCAUUCAUAGAAGAAAAUAAAGACAAGACUAAGGUGGUCUCAAGCAAUCUGAUAAAGUUGAAAGAUUUAUAUGGUGAUGCAAGCGAAAGGAAAAGUGAAGAACCUACAGAUCGGCUGCGGAAAGACACUAGCAGCGAAGAAGUUAUAAGAUUGGGGGGCUUUACAUGGAAAUGAAGUCGUUAUGACACUUUCCAAUGGUUGUUUUGUAACAUCGACUAAGGAUAUAGCGAUCUCUUGGCCUCACUGAAAAUCAACCAAUUCUCUGUGGGUGAAAUGCUAGACUCUGUAACAUUCGAUGCAAGGAAACAAUGUAGAGGUGUCACUGAAUCUGCAGGGACAUCAAUUUCUCUUUGUUCAACUUUAAAAUUGUUUGGAAUUGGAUAUCACAGGUUGUAUGCUACUCCUGUACUCUAUCAAUUUCUUUUAAAUUAAUUGGCUACUGGAUUCCUGUCA